AACAGCACGGGGUUAGACAUCUAGCACUGCUCAAAUUAGGAACUUACUUUAACCAGUUUCCUGGUCUUCCUUGUUAUUUUGUAGAUACUACAUUUUCUCAGCAUUUAAUGAGAUUCCAACACCCUGCUUUGUACUUUUUGAGAGAUUUAUCAUCCCACACAAAAUAGACAAGCUCUAUUUCCUGCCUUGUUGAGGAUCUACAAUCUGGACAUUACUGAGGAAAUCCAGGGAGGUAUCUUGGCUGGAGAGAGAGUGGAAACUGGUGGCCGUGGCACAUGAAAAAAUACAAGGGAGUGAUAUGAAAAAUUACCAUGGAAUAAUAUUGAGUGGAAAAUACAUCUGCACAUGGAGCUGAAUUAUCUAGUAAUAUCCUAAUACUACACAGCACAAAAGCCAGCAGCUAAACUAGGAUCUGGACACCGCUGAAGAAAUUUCCAAGAAGGCUUUUCCAUCAUUUUAGAGAUAAUGAAUGACUAUAAGAAAAUUGUUCUUCUAAAAGGAUUAGAGAGUAUGGAUGAUUACCAUUUUAGGAUAAUUAAGUCCUUACUAAAAAGAGACCUACACCUGUCUGAAAAUAUGCAAAAUGAUUAUGACAGAAUUAAGAUUGCUGACAAGAUGGAGGAGACAUUCCCAAAAGAUUCUGGACUCAACAAACUGAUAGAAAUUUGUCAAGAAAUUAAAGAUCUUAGAGGUCUUGUUGAAAAUCUUAAAGAAGAGAAGGCAAAAGUAAAAGGAAAAAAACCCACGGGAAAAAAGAGGCAAAAAGCAGAUUCUGCUGUACCUACAUCAACUACAAGCAACACCUUAGCAUCUGAUGGAGGGGAGACAUCCACAGCUCAGGUGAGCCUGGGGGACAGCGGUGGGCUGGCAGCGUACAGAGGUAGUGCCAUUUGUCCCUACUCUGUCCAUCAAAAAAGAAAAAGUGUGAAUGAAGAGAAGCCUGAAGUGAAAAAGACCAAAAAGUCUAAGGGGUCAGAUUGCCCUGACUCUCCUGGAGAAGCCACAGUCAGAUGCCAGACUCCAGGACCCCAGAUCUCAUCUUCGACUUCAUCAAAUCCUUCUUUGGCUAAGAACCAAAAGACACAGACCCCAAGCCAGAGCACUAACAGAGGAGCUGUUGGCCAAAAUGAUGCCAUGAUCGUGAUGGUACUCAAUGCAGAGGAGCCAUUUGAAUAUGAGUCAAGAGAACCUGGAGGAAAGAUGAUGUUUCAUGCUACAGUGGCCAGUAUGAACGAAUAUUUCCAUGUGAAAGUUUUCAACAUCAAGCUGAAAGAGAAGUUCACAAAAGGGAAUGUCAUCAUAAUCUCCAAUUAUGUCAAGUUCAGAGGAAUCAUAGAGAUAAAGGCAGACUCCUAUGUGAUUAAAGCUGAACCCAACGAGAAGAUUGAAGUUCCCAAGAAGAUAAUCAGUAAAGCAAAUGAAACUCCCAUGAUUUCUGAUAUUCACAAGAGUGUAGGUGGAACACUGUUUUAUGGGUUGUUUACAUUACACAAGAAAAAGUUCAACCCAAAGAACACAAUCUAUGAAAUAAAGGACGAUACAGGAAGUAUAGAAGUUUUAGGGAGUGGGAAAUGCUACAACAUCAGCUGUGAGAUAGGAGACAAACUGCGACUCUUCUGCUUUCAACUGAAAACAAUGGACGGGCAACCGAAGUUGGUGUCUGGCAAUCACAGUUUUAUUAAGGUACGAAUCACCAAGGCUGGAAAAAAGAAAAUGUCUGCUCUCCAUCCUAACCCGAAAGAUGAAGAAGCAAGUGGCUACCCACAAAAUUCAUUCAGUGCUUUUAACAGUGAAGCUUUUAAAAUAGAGACACCAAACAACUGGAAAUAAGCGAAAGCUUCAGUUGUACAUCUAAGCAUUUAAAGGUUUUGUUACCUGAUUUGUGAUUAUGUAUUUUUAUAAAACUCCUUACUCUGUUUUUUUUAUGAAAAUAACACUUGAAUUUAAUAUUUCUAGUGUAGAAGUAAUAAAAAUUUCUUUUGAAAAGGAUACCGUCAUUCAGUCAAAGCAGCCAUAUACAGUAUGGGGAAAAAUUUUUACCAACUGCACUUCUGAGAAAGGGCUAAUAUCCAAAAUAUAUGAAGAACUCAAAAAUCUAAAUAAUCCAGAAAACAAACAACCCAAUUGAAAAUUGGACUAAAGAUCUAAGCAGAGAAUUCUCAAAAGAGAAACCUCAAAUGGCUGAGAAACACUUAAAGAAAUGUUCAGCAUCCUUAGUCAUCAGGGAAUGCAAAUCAAACUAUUUUGAGAAUUCAUCUUAAACCUGGCUGAACAGCUAAGAUCGGUAAAACAGGUGGCAGUUCACGCUGGUGAGGAUGUGGACUAAGGGAACAGCCAUCCAUUGCUGGUGGAGUGCAAACUCGUGAACCUUAUUUCAGUCUCCUUGAAACAUUUUAAAUGCAAUUCACAUUUCUUGCUAUUUUUGUCUGGGAAGUCUUUUCCAGACUCAAAACCAUAAGAUUGUAUCCUUUACCCUUUUUAGGAAGUAGUUUAGUUCUUUCCCUUUUAGCCUAUUAUCUGAUUUUUCCAUACUUUUGAGAUGUGAAAGGAGGCCGGGCGGUGGUGGCGCAUGCCUUUAACCCCAGCACUCAGGAGGCAGAAGCAGGCGGAUCUUUGUGAGUUCGCGACCAGCCUGUUCUACAAGAGCUAGUUCCAGGACAGACU